UUGUGUUAUUUUGUUAAAAUAUAUCUUGCAAGAAAUGUUAUUGUAUUUUCUCGCUUUUCUGACGUUACAAUCUAAAAUAAUAAUAGUGAAUGAACAGGCAUCUCGAUUUCGCAUAAUUCAAAGCAAAUAAUACUCUUUGAAUCUUGAAACUUUUUCAAAUGAAAUAUCUUUUGAAACGUUUCCUCGCUUUGUAGCGCGUGUGACAAAUAACACAUUCCGCUUUUCCAAACAUUUAAUUUAAAUGCAGCUUCAGCAUUAGAAUUUCCACGAACUUUCAUUAUAUCUCGUAACGAGUUUGAAUUGAAACACAUUCGCAUCGAUGAGCUACGUUCACCAAACUCGUGUUUUCUUUUUUUUUAUACUACAGCACGUACGAUAUACAAUCUUUCAUAUUAUUUAGCUGUAUACUUUUUUUAUAUUUCUUUGCGCCGAUGGUUUUAAAUUCGCGAAACUUUGCCAGUCGAAAGAACGAAAUUCAUUGUAUUCUCUUUGAGAAACGAAAGUUACAUUCUAAUGAUCAUAUUUCGAGUUUAAAUCGAUCUUUCUCCAUGGAAUUUUGGUGUCAUCGAAUGCAAGAAUUCUUAGUCGAGGUCUGACUAUGCCGCUGAACACGGAUACGGAAACUAUGGAGCUGUAUAAGAGAAUGCCAGCGCACGCAUACAGAAAUGUUGGGUCAUAUCGUUACAGUGAGGUCUGCUCUAAUUGCGGACAAAACGAGCACGAGGACGUGUUACGUGGUAUCGCAUUGCACAAAAGGAGAGCAAAGAAUUACGAGAAGCACUGCCCCUCGUGCCAUUGUCCACCCGAGAGGCGAAGAUUCUCUCCGCCCAGCAGACCAAGGACUUCGGAAAAUGUCGAAGCGAUGAUAAAUCGAUGCGAACGCAUUUUUACGGAGCCGAUCAGCUCGGCUAUUAAGAAGUCGCAGAGCAGUCCUUUGUCGCAGAGAAUAUGCUGGCACGAUUAUCAAACGGAUGUUCAUCCUCGUUGCCCCCGAAGAUCAUUGCAGGCUCAUCGUCAACGGAGACUCGAGCAUGACAGGUAUCUAUUCAGAACGAAGGGAAGCAUCGCAAACCCACAACUGACCAACGAAGAUAUCGAGGCUUGUUCCAAAUACAUGCGAGCGAUACCCGUGAAGAGCUCGCUGAAGAAACAUGUUUGCAGAGAGCCUGAGAGAUCGCCAGACGAGCAGGAAUGUUCCGACGUCGAGAGCGAGGUGUCGAUGAAGUACAUCCCGCCCGUUUUUCAGUCGAGGAAGUCGCAUAUGCCAAAUUCUAGACCGAGGCGACGCUGCGUCGGCACCGGAGAUGGAGAAUACAUCGUGAGGACGAGAAACGAGAGCGACAUCGAGUCUCAGGAAAUGAAGGAAGUUGUCCUGGAUCUCGAAGACCUGGAUAUGUUGAAGCGAGGCGACGGCGAGAUGACCAUAAACGAAGACGAUAAGAAACUCGAGAGACAGAAACCUGACGUUGCAAGAAUGACGAAACAAAAAAAGUUAGACGAUGUUUCUCAUUGUGUAGAGAGCAAACCAUUCGCGCUGAUCGAUCAAUCAAUUAGCAAAUCCACGAAAGAACUUAAUGGAUCCACUCAUCUAAUAAAGCAGGAUCUCCAUACUACGAAAACUCACAUUUUGGAAUCGAUCGAUCGUAUGCUUGGCACUAUGAACGAUGCGAAAAACGAUGCACCUGUACAGCAGGGACAAACAGAGCAAGAGACUCUCGAGAAGAUAACUCGUGAACUUCAAGAGAACAGUUGGCAGUUAUUGUUCAACGGCUUGACAAUUCAUAAGGACACGACAGAUAUCAAUAGGCGGACCGUUCGUCUGGAAUGUCUGAAUCAUAUUCGACAGCAACUCGACAAACUCUACGCUCUCGAGUCAGCUCUGGACAAUUGGCCGCCUAAGCUGCAAUCUCUGUCAAAUUGCGAUAUGCCGCACGAGGAACGCCAAGAGUCACAGCAACAAUUAGAACAGAAAACUGCGGAUUCCUGAGGUUAUCGAAAGUCCGCAUUCUUUUUCUCUUUUCUCAAGUCUAAGAGCUGUAAAUUUUAGGAAAAUAAAUAAAUUUUAGGAAUCCACGAUUCCUCAAUCGUACAAGCAAUGAUAUGAUUAUCUUCGUAUGCAUCGUAAACAUUUACAGAACAUUGUCAGAAUAAAAUAAUUGCAAAUGUGAAUGUCGUGCAUUAAAAGUAACAUACUAUGUUAAAGUAUACACUAUGUUUGUACGCGCAUGUAUAUUAAUGUACAACACAUGAGAUUUUAUAAAACAUAAAUAUAAUUCGUAAAAUCUGGCAUUAUUUCUUACUCGCGAAUUUCAAAAUUAUUACAGCUAAGAUUAGCAAUUCGUCUCUCUCAAGAUUUAAUUGGUAGCAAUAGCUUUAUUGUUGAAACGUUUUAAGUACAUUAGAGUACAUUACUACCUCCUUUCCGCUGUCAAGCUAAACAAGGUAUGUGUAAUAUUAAAUUCUGUUUCCGUUCGAUACAUACAGCUCUCCUUGCGAUGAAAGGUGGCGCAUAAAUUCAUUAUGUAUUAAUAUAUAUAUAUAUAGAUAUAUAUGUACUUUAGGCUCUUUCUUUGCAUUUGCUACGCGUGUACUCAUAAUAUACAUACAUAUAUAUGUAUAUAUAAUUGCCAAAUGUGUAUA